AAGCGUGGCGAGUACGAGUAUGUAUGCGACCAAGAAAAUGGUACAACGCGGAAGCAGGCAGUGUUAGUCAACGCCAAAAUUGAAAAGAGAACUGCGCGAAUUGGGUAUAUCACCAUCGGCGCGGCCUUCCUACCAUAACACCUAACGAACAGGAAGAAUCUGCUUAUCUAUUCUUCUUUUCUGAUUAUUGUCCUCUGUCCAGUCGUGUUGCAAUUCAUUAGUCAAUCUAAGAGAGAUAUUAUUCGAUUGGGGAUAAGAUUACUAUUUGCAGCAAUACUUAAGCACAUACCUAUUAUAAAUAUACAAGAAAACUGGUGAUCGAUCCGACUGAAAAUGGUGAAGGAAACGGAAUACUAUGAUGUGCUUGGCGUCAGCCCCACCGCCACCGAGACGGAGAUCAAGAAAGCUUAUUACAUCAAGGCGCGACAGGUUCAUCCAGAUAAGAAUCCCAAUGAUCCUCAAGCUGCACAAAAUUUUCAGGCUUUGGGAGAGGCAUACCAAGUAUUGAGUGAUCCUGCCCAACGGCAAGCUUAUGAUGCUUCUGGGAAAUCUGGAAUCUCAACAGAAGCAAUAAUUGAUCCUGCAGCAAUUUUUGCAAUGCUUUUUGGUAGUGAGCUUUUUGAGGACUAUAUAGGGCAGCUUGCCAUGGCGUCAAUGGCUUCGUUAGACAUUUUCACAGAUGGGGAACAGUUUGAUACUAAAAAGUUGCAAGAGAAGAUGAGGGUUGUUCAGAAGGAGAGAGAGGAAAAGCUUGCACAGCUAUUGAAAGAUCGACUCCACCAGUAUGUACAAGGGAACAAAGAGGAAUUUAUUAAUCAUGCUAAAGCUGAAGUAUCUAGGCUCUCAAAUGCAGCAUAUGGUGUUGAUAUGUUGAAUACAAUUGGCUAUAUCUAUGCAAGACAAGCAGCCAAAGAGCUUGGAAAGAAAGCAAUAUACCUGGGUGUGCCAUUUAUUGCUGAAUGGUUUAGAAACAAAGGCCACUUCAUUAAAUCCCAAGUAACUGCAGCAACAGGUGCCAUUGCACUGAUCCAGCUACAGGAGGACAUGAAGAAGCAGCUUAGUGCUGAGGGAAACUAUACUGAGGAAGAGCUUGAAGAAUACAUGCAAUCGCACAAGAAGCUGAUGAUUGAUUCCUUGUGGAAACUUAAUGUUGCUGAUAUUGAGGCCACACUUUCCCGUGUUUGUCAGAUGGUUCUUCAAGACAACAACGUUAAGAAAGAAGAGCUACGUAUACGAGCUAAGGGGUUGAAAACUCUCGGUAAAAUCUUCCAGAGGGUGAAAUCGUCUAAUGGAAGUGAGAGUGACGCUGCACUGGAUGGUUCCCUACCUAAACUGAAUGGAAGUGGACCAAACCAUGUUGCAUCUUGUCCUAGCACAUCACCAGAUUCUAAAAUCCUUGAAGAGCCAUCUUAUAGAACAUUGGCAUCGCAGAGCCCAUAUGUGGAGGCUCCAAACAUUGGUGGUACUCAGUUUGACUUCCCAAGGCCAACAGCACCACCUGGUGCACCAAAACACUCAACCGGUGGCGAAUGAUGAUGGAGAAACAGUGAAUCUUUGCUUGAUAGACAUGUGAUAAUGAUGUGCAUCAUGGAAGGGUGUUGGAUUUCAUUUGUCGAAUUUGUUUGAGUAGAUGAUCUGGAAAACACAUCCCACCCCUAUUUUAGCAGUCAUUUGAAUGGUGUAUGUAUGAAAGACAAACUCUUUGUACACAGAGAGAUGAUUGUAAUUUUUUUCCAGUCUGUAGAUGGCUGCUGUGGGCUUUCCUUGUAUAUGUAUUAUUAUGCUCUGUAGUUUGUCUGUUUUGGUUUGAUAUCUAGGUUCUGGUUUUUGGCUA